GACGAUCCGCAUUUCAUCACAACUAAAACACAAUCAGAGAUAAGAGCCAUUGAAGGAAAUGAAGUCACUCUUCACUGUGAGAUUGCCAAUUUAGGGAUCAACAACACGAGAUUAUGGUACAAGUACGAUUCAGGGAAAAGCAAAGAAAAUGCAAUGCGAGAACCAAUUAUUAGCAUAGGCAAUGACACAGAACAUGUCAUCGCUAUAGAAAAUAGCACUUGGAGAAAAUAUUACUUGAACAUGACAAAGACAUCUUAUAGUCUGUGGUUUCCUCGUGUAAAUCGAUCUAAUGCUUGUCGAUAUAGCUGUGCUUUCAAAACAUCAGAUGGAGAAGAAGAAUUGGUUUUCACACUUGAAGUAUCAUAUCGGCCUGAAAUCAAGAAGAUCCUACCAAACAAAUUUCCAUUCCGUCAUCCCAACCAUCCUCGAAAAAUAUUUGUGAACGAGACCGAGAAUAUAACAUUGUACUGUAAUUCAUCUGGUUCCCCUUCACCUUAUAUCACAUGGCGUAAAGAUGAUGCACCAAAAUUAGGAAUUUGUGUUAAUAAGAGUUUACAACUUCUUGAUGUUUCGCCUAAUCAGAGUGGAGCUUAUACAUGCACCAGUGAAAAUUCUCUUGGUGAUGUUAGUGAGACUAUCAUACUGGUAGUACAAUAUCGCCCUCGAGUUCUUGCAAAGUCAACUGAUCUGCGCGGAGCUAAAGGAAGAUAUCUCCAAUUACAAUGCAGCGCUGACGCCAUUCCCAGGGCCCGCUUUCACUGGCAAAAAGAUGGGGAGAUGAUAGAUUAUCCAGAUUCUGAUUCUUAUGUCAUCAUAUCUUUGAACCCGGAGACUAAUUAUGGUACCUACACUUGUGUUGCCACAAAUUUUCUUGGAUCUGCUCGAGCGCACAUUAAUGUCACAGGUCUACCGAUGAAACCCGAGGUUGUGAGUGGUGUUAAUGGAAGAAUGAAGAACGUCUAUCUACUCAGAUGGAGAACUAGUAAAGUACCACAAGAUGCAAUUACAGAACAAUUGACAGUAGAUUACUUCUUAAUCAGUUGCAUGAAAGUAGUACAAGAGAAAGUUGAUGGAGGCUAUCCAAGGAUAAGAUAUUAUCCUCCGGAUUCGAUGAGACACACCUAUUACACUAAAAAGCAUGAGGAAUACCAUUCAUAUCCAUUACGUCAUCUAUCUUCAAACAGCACUUAUAAAGUUACCCUAUGCCCUUUUAACCAGUACGGAAAGGGAGAAUGUACUGUAUUUAAUUUCACUACUUCAUUCGAGGAUUAUGUGACUGAACCUUCUCCAACCAUGUCAAAAGUACAGAGAGAUCAUGAUGCAUUUGCGACAAUCCCGACACCCUUGGGAGUGGUUAAAAACAAUGCUAUUAUAUCACUAUCACCAUCUUCUGUUUUUAUUGCCAUCAUUAUCUUGCUCCUUCAGUGUUGUAUUCAAUACAGAUAAAUGUAAACAAAUUUGUGAUCAAUGAGCUCUUUAUCAAAAUUUGUUGAAACAUUGUAUACACUAAGGAUUUUUUUAUUAAAAAACAUGUAUGCAUAAUUGGUAAGUUUUGCCACUUACCAAUAUGUAAGUUUGAAGUUAAGGAUAAGCAUUGGCCGACACCUCAUCCUUAUUCAUUAUCCCUUAUUUCUCAUUAAAUUAUCUUGUAUUUUGUAAAUCAUCUUUUAUCCUUUCCUUUGUGUGUA